CAACUGUUGGCCUCUCGAGUCUAAUCUGGAUUAGAGUUUCCAGUCCAGUCUGCAGCCAGCAGGACUCCAAUAAUCACAUUAUUCUGUAUUGGGUUGACGCCUCCGGGAGCGGGGAGGGAACCAGCGAUGUCAAACGGUGGCAACGUCGCUGACGCGUUCGUCUUAAAGCUGAACUGUUUAUUUUCGGGGGAAAUGUUUAAAAAGGAGUUUGGACGAUUUCGCGACCAGGAUUUUGCGACAAUCUGAGUAAAGUUGAAUGAAUAUUUGUUGCCCGCGGUCGGCGGUGGACUGUGCGCAUCCCCGUGUGCAGCACACCGCACUCUGCUGCAUCCAGACCACUGCAGCCUGCACUUGGAGCACAUUUCUGAACACAGAACCUCUGACACUAAUAUCACAGGAGCAGCUGGUCAAACAUGAUAGAUGCAGUUCCAGCAUCUACCAUGAUGGACAAUAAGCAACCCAAGAAGGAUGUUUACAAGUCUACCAGUGCUAGCGCCAUGCUCCGUGUCUUCAGAGACUGCUGCUCCGUUUGGUUGACCACAUUCUCACAGUAGCUCCUGCUUGAUGGCCAGCAUGGAAGAGAGCAAGCUCAUCUUCAGCCUGGACCGCCAUGAUGAGGGUCCCACUGUGGCCUUUUCCAAAGACAAACCACAAGGCAGAAAGAGUCAGCCUGACCUCAGCCUCGGGAUGGAUUUGGAUCUGAGCCAAGGUCACCGCUCCCAGUCCCCCUUCCUGCCUCACUCCCCCUCAUCCCCGGGCUCUUUAGCCGAUAUAUCAACAGACCUGCUUGUCACCACCAACCUGGUGAAAUCCUCCUCCACAGACCUGGACCCAAGCGAGAGCAGCUCUCUACGAGGCAAACCUCUGCUGAGCCUGGUCAAGUCUCUGAGCACGGAAAUUUCUAACCGGGUUGAGCCAGAGGUCAACCUCUCCAAGUCUGACUCCAAGCUGCAUUUGCAUCCCUGGAAGCAGCUAAUCCAUCCAAAGAUUCCCGAGGCCAAGCCUGAAGCAGGACGACUGAGUGAGAAUGACGACUGGGUAUCCUCUCUCUCCACAGGCAACAUGCCUCCCACUGAACCCCGGGGCAGCUCGCUGAUUGCGGAGCUGGAGGACACACGGAGGAAGUUCUCUGUGGCCAUGCAGGAUCCACUGAGCAUGCUGAGUAAGAUCAUGGGGGACGAAAGCCCCAAGCAGGCGAGGGCUUCUGGUGCCGGGGACUCACCAGUCUCCCAAGGCGGCUAUGGAAGAGAUGGGGGCAGUGAAGAUGCAGAUCUUAAGUGCCGGAGGAGAAAUGAUGGCGAGCAUAGAGGUGUGUGUGACACGCCUCUGCGAAGACUUCAACAGGGCUCCUUAAUAAAGUCCUCCAUCUCCCCAGAACGCCACACUCAGAGCAAAGACAGCCAUUUUGAAAUCCACACUUAUGGAGAUAUGAUUCAGGUGGUGGAGCUCCAGAAUGAAUCCAGAGGGACUCAUCAUAGAACUUACACCCAGUCUCAAGUAACUGUCCCAGGCUCAUCGCUGCCUCUUCACUGGCUCAUCCCUGUGGGUCUUCUAGCUUAUGGUUUCUUUGUGUUGCCCCUGCCCUCCUAUGUGACAGGUCUGUCUGUUGGGGUUGCAUGUGGCUUCAUGUUGGGCCUGGUGGUGGUGUUCAUGUUUGCUCCGCGAUGCUCAUCUGCAAGAAGAAACCAGGGCUCUCGUUUGAACAAAUCCAGACUGCUGAACAUGGAUCUUCUGGAUGGAGAGCUCACAGAUCCAGAAAUCCUAGAGGGCUGGAUGAAUGAAACAAACAGCUACGACCCUGAGACUUUCCAUCCCUCCAUCACACACACUGUCUAUGUCACCCUGGAAGGCAGCCGUCUGCACCUGGCAUAUCCACGUGCCAACAUCCCCCGGUGGGCAGGGUUCGAUGAGACCCCCCAUGAGGCCUUGUUUUUGCGCUCACGCACUUACCAGCUGGCUAACUGUAAGGUCUCCCUGUUGCCGCCCGGUUUGGCUCGCAAAAGGGUGUGGAACAAGAAAUACCCUGUCUGCAUCACUCUGGCUGAGGGGGAGGUAGGGGAGGAGAGUGUGGUUGAAGGGCAGGAGGAGGAAGAAAGGUCAGAGAGACACUUCGUCCCAGACCAUCAGCUUCCUGUGACCCUGUACCUGUUUGGCCGCACAGGUCGAGAGAAGGAGGAGUGGUUCCAGCACUUCCUGUCUGCCUCUCGGGCUGGAGCCAAAAGCAGCGUGAGUGGGGAGGAGAACACAGAAACACCAUGUGGUGGAGACGCUGUUAAAGAAACCACAGAGGAGCUGCACGACUUGCCCGGAGCUAUGAAAACAAGAACACUAUUGGACUACAGCACCUACAUGACUCAACUGAUUAUCUCACAGAGUUGCAAUCCCAUCACCAGCCCUUGUCAUAGUGACAAGGGAAGCCCCACAACCCACAAGAAGACUCAGAACGAAGAGCAUGGAUCUGGAGGUCAAACUGGAGCUGAGCCCAGUGCUGGUUCAGGGACAGGGGAGUGCCAUGCCGAGGGCCAGCCCACGUGGGUGAACUCCCUGGUGGGAAGAAUCUUCUGGGACUUUCUCCGGGAGAAGUACUGGACCGAUCAGGUGGCACACAAGAUCCAGAAGAAACUCAGCAAGAUCAAGUUGCCAUACUUCAUGAAUGAGCUGACUCUGGCUGAUCUGGACAUGGGCACAUGUCUGCCUCAAGUCCUCAGCACCUCCAAACCUACACUGGACCGCAGAGGUCUGUGGCUGGAGCUGGAAUUGGUGUACACAGGCUGCCUUCAGAUGACCCUGGAGACUAAGAUGAACCUGUGCAAGCUGGGUAAAGACGGAGAAGACGAGGCUCACAGCGUUCCAGAGACCCAGCAAAUGGGCUCGAAGCCCAGGCUGUGUAUACUGGCCGAUAGUGAUGAAGAGUCAUCCAGCGCAGGCUCAUCUGAUGAAGAGGAAGCACCCCCCUCUGAGCCACAGGGGUCAUUGGGAGAUAAGAGCACAGUGGUAGCAGCUGAAGGGCACACUGGUGGCAGCACAAGUAGGAAGAUCUUGAGGUUUGUGGACAAGAUAGCGAAGUCCAAGUACUUCCAGAAAGCCACAGAGAACGAGUACAUCAGGAAGAAGAUAGCUGAGGUGUCCAACAUGCCUCUGAUGCUCAGCGUUGAGGUCCUGGAGCUCUCUGGCACUCUGGCCAUCAACAUCCCACCUCCCCCUACUGACAGGAUAUGGUACAGUUUCCGGGUGCCUCCCAGGUUAGACCUUCAUGUGCGUCCCACACUCGGGGAGAGGGAGGUUACCUUAACUCAUAUCACUGAGUGGAUCGAGAAAAAACUGCAGUGUGAGUUCCAGAAAGUGUUUGUCAUGCCCAAUAUGGACGAUCUAUAUCUGCCCCUGAUGACAUCUGGCUUGGACAACCCACCUACAUCCCACCAGUCCUCAGUACACUCCUCAUCCCACCAGUCCUCCAUAGAGUCCCAGGAUUACCUGUCAGAGUAGCGCCCCUGAGGCCACAAAUGUCCAUGCAAAAUAAUUAUGCAGCUAUUGCCAUGAAUCUUUAACAGAUUUUAAGGCUGCGGUUCUUGCAGCUGCGUAGCGGCUCAAUGUUAAACCUGAGUAUGUUCGCUGUCACCAGUGCAGGAUAGAUGCCUCCUGAAUGCUGGAUGCUGAGCACGGCAGCAACAUGGGGACUGCGAGAAUGGUGCUACAGUGUCCCCUACUGUGAAGCUAAUUGAACUGUACCUAACACUGACAACAGUGAGAGUACAUCAAUGA